GGCUGGGUGGGAGGAGAGGUGGGGGCAACUGUAUUUAAAAAAAAACACAAAACCUGUCCCUACCUCCUGGUCUUUCUGAAAGACAGGCAGACAGAGAGGGAGCGGAUCAAGCCUUUUGGAAGGAAAGACAGACUCCCCACUUUUUUAAAAUACAUAGAUCUAUAUUAGCAACCGCCUUGAGGAUUUUUUUUUUGUGGAUUAAAAUCUUUGAUAAGAAGAAGGAAAAAAAGGAACAGGACGAGUUGGGCUUUUUUUUUUUUAAAGGAUGUAACACUCUUGGAUGCAUUUUUAUUUUUUAAAACAUUUUGAUUAUUAAUUCAAACGUCCAAAUUUUAGGGUUUUAAAAACAUGCUACGUUAUUUUGGCUCUUUUUUUAAAAAAAUCCACCCUAUCUUAUAGAAAUUCCUUUUUUCCCAAUCCCCCCCAAAACCUUUUUUGAUGGAAUCUGUGGAUAUGUUAUUACUAAGGAAAUAGUUUUUUUUUAAAUCUUGUGCCUUGGUUUUGCAACAAAACAUUUUUGGGGGGUGGGGAAGACCUUUAUUAUUUCUUUUUCUUUUUUAUUUCAAACAGUCAUCCUCGUCUGAAACCAAAUGUGAUCUAAAGGUUUUGCAAUCGCUUUGACAGACCGGCAACGCGAGAAGAUCUGUUAUUCCCUUCUCUGUUUGGGGGGCAUGUUUUCUGCAAUUCUUCUGUUACACUGAACAUUGAUCCUCCCCCAUGUCUUUCAGUUUAUAUUUUUUCCCAGUUCCUAUAUAAAGGUGGAAAAUAAGAUUUUCAGUGGAUUUUUGAAGGAUUUAAGAGAGACAGAGGAACCCCCCCAACCCUUUAAGAGACUGGCAUAUGUUACAGAUUGCUUUGGCUCUUCCACCACCACAACCACCACCAACAACCCUCCUCCCCACUCCAUCCCUAUCAUUUCAGGCUGCUUGUGUUUGCUGCCUGGACUCGGAUCCCGGAUUCUUCAUGAUUUGCGGACGACAUGCUCGUUUUUUAGCCGGGAAACCUUCUUCUCGUCCCGCAUGUUCAGGACCAAACGAUCGGUGCUCGUCCGGCGACUCUGGAGGAGCCGUGCGCCCGGCGGCGGGGAGGAGGAGGAAGGUGAGCCCGGUGAAACAGCAGCGGACAGCCGGGCGCAUGGGGCUGGAGGCGGCCGGGGCUGCUGCAUGGGCAAGUCGGGGAAGAUCACCAAGGCUCACCUCGGCUCGGAGGCGGAAUUGAAAGCGCUGACCCACGCGGUCCUGAAGAGGCUGAAGGAGAAACAACUGGAGGUGCUCUUGCAAGCGGUGGAGUCCAAAGGGGGCGCGCGGACCUCCUGCCUCCUCUUGCCCGGCAAGGUGGACUCCAAGCUGGGUCAGCAUUGGUACUCUCUCCCUUUGCUGCUGUGUAAAGUAUUCAGGUGGCCAGAUCUCAGGCAUUGCUCGGAAGUGAAGAGGUUAUGUUGCUGUGAAUCUUAUGGAAAAACUCACCCGGAGCUGGUCUGCUGCAAUCCCCACCACCUCAGCAGGCUCUGUGAACUAGAGUCUCCCCCUCCACCCUACUCCAGAUAUCCAAUGGAUUUUCUCAAACCAACUGCAGAUUGUCCAGACUCUGUGCCUUCCUCCACUGAAACAGGGGGAACUAAUUGUCUAGCCCCUGGGGGGCUUUCAGAUUCCCAAGUUCUUCAGGGGCCGGGGGAUCGGUCACACUGGUGCGUGGUGGCAUACUGGGAAGAGAAAACGCGUGUGGGCCGGCUGUAUUCUGUCCAAGAGCCCUCCCUGGAUAUCUUCUAUGAUCUACCUCAGGGGAACGGCUUCUGCCUCGGACAGCUCAAUUCAGACAACAAAAGCCAGCUGGUGCAGAAAGUCCGCAGCAAAAUUGGCUAUGGCAUCCAGCUGACUAAGGAAGUGGACGGCGUGUGGGUAUACAACCGCAGUAGUUACCCUGUCUUUAUCAAGUCGGCCACACUGGACAACCCCGACUCCAGGACGUUGCUGGUUCACAAAGUUUUCCCAGGAUUUUCCAUCAAGGCUUUUGACUAUGAGAAGGCAUACAGCUUACAGAGGCCUAACGACCAUGAGUUCAUGCAGCAGCCAUGGACCGGAUUUACUGUUCAGAUCAGCUUUGUGAAAGGCUGGGGCCAGUGCUACACAAGACAGUUUAUCAGCAGUUGCCCAUGCUGGUUGGAGGUUAUUUUUAAUAACCGAUGACUUGAGACAGAGUGGACUCAUGACAUUAUAACUACUUUGCUGCUAAUAUUUCCUUCUGAGUGCUUGCUUUUCAUGCAAACUUUUUUGUUUGUUUGUUUUGUUUUUGUGUUUUGUGUCCCCCCCCUCCCCUUCCCCUGUUUUGAGAAAUAGCUUAUGGAAAGAUUUUUGCCUUGGUAUUUCGAUAAAUAUAUAUUUUUUUUAAUGUGUGAAUGACCAAUAACUCAGAAGGGGGAGGAGAAGGUGUGGGAGGGGAUUACAUAAAAUAAUCAUUUAAUGCCUCUGAAAUUAUUACCCCAAGCGACUGGUGGAAUUCAGU